AUGGAGGCGGGAUGGAUACAGACGCGUGAUGAGGGCACAAGACGACGGGUCGGGAUGUGGGUUGAGUGUGGUGGUGAAGGGGAUUUCAAUGCGGUACCGGACUGGAGUAACCAUUACAUAGCAUACAGCAACCUUAAGAAGCAAAUAUACAGCCUCGAGACCCAGCUCCACCAGAAGAAGGCAAAUGGAGACGCGGAGUCAUCACCACUCCUGAAUGGAGACGCCGACGACCCUGACAAGGUCUUUACCAACACGCUCGACGCCGAGCUCGAACGCGUUACUUCCUUUUACGCCCUCAAGGAGAAUGAAAUCUACGGGGAAAUGGAUGCGCUGUUAAAAGACGAGGAGUUAUUUGAGGAGCACCAGGAGGACUACAACGAAGAAAAUGAGAAUGCGCCACCAGGGAGGAAGAUGCGCAGCGGAAGCAUAUUCAAAGCCAUAGGAUUCAACCGACCGCGAGCCCUCAGCGGCGCCAGCGGACGCUCCACCGACCACGGCGACGACGACGAAGAAUCCGACGAGGACCUAGACGAAACAACGCGACUACGUAAGAAGAGUCCCGAUGGCCAACACCGGCGGCGCCGCCACACAGAAGAAGACAUGGCCGCCUCGCACGCCUCAUCGCGGCGCAAAGCCAGCACCGUCUUCGAAGACUACAACGACAUGGCCUUUUCCGCCCUCUACGACGAGGGCGUCUCCCUGAAGAAACGCGCCGUAUCCGUCUACGUGCUCCUCUGCGAACUCCGCUCCUUUAUCCAACUCAACAAAACCGGGUUCGAAAAAGUGCUAAAGAAAUACGACAAAAUCAUGGACCGCAAGCUCAAAAAGACGUAUCUGAAUAAAUACGUUUACCCCGCUUACCCGUUUAAACAAUCGACCAUGGAUGAACUCACCCGCAACCUCGAGCGCAUGGAAGCUGCAUACGCGCAGAUUGGCACAAAAGGCGACAUCGUAGAGGCAAAACGGGAAUUACGCCUACACCUCCGCGAACACGUCGUGUGGGAGCGAAACACCGUCUGGCGCGAGAUGAUUGGUAUAGAGCGAAAAGCGCAAGCCGCAAACAUUGGCAUCACGCAGACGCUGCUGGGCCGCGAUACCACGGGCGGCAAAGUGCGGCGCCAAGGCGACGAAGUCGAGUCCGAUAUGAAGGAGGUGGACACGCCGAUUGGCCGGUACCGGUGUCCGCAGUGGUUGCUCAGUCGCACGUUUUGGAUCUUGGUGGCGUGUAUUGCCGUGUUUGUGGUGUUGCUCGUGGUGCCGAUUAUGGAGAUGCCCGAGCAGCAGAAUUGUUUGGCUAUGGUUGUUUUCGUUAGUUUGUUGUGGGCUACUGAGGCUAUCCCACUCUUCGUCACUUCGCUGCUCGUCCCUUUUCUAGCCGUUACCUUGAAUGUCGUCAGGAGCGAUGUUGAACCGCACCGUCGACUGGAGAGUAAAGCAGCAGCGUCGUAUGUCUUCUCCGCCAUGUGGACACCGGUCAUCAUGCUGCUACUCGGCGGCUUCACCAUUGCAGCAGCCUUGUCAAAGUACAACAUCGCGAAGAUGAUGGCGACGCUUGUGCUGAGUAAAGCGGGGACAAAGCCGCGGACUGUGCUGUUGGUGAAUAUGUUUGUGGCCAUGUUUGCUAGUAUGUGGAUUAGUAAUGUUGCGGCGCCUGUGCUGUGUUAUUCGAUUAUUCAGCCCAUCCUCCGCAACCUCCCCGCAGACUCGGACAUGACCAAAGCCCUCCUCCUCGGCAUAGCCCUCAGCUCAAACAUCGGCGGCGCCGCCUCCCCCAUCGCCUCACCGCAAAACCUAAUCGCGCUCCAAAACAUGGGCCCGGAACCUUCCUGGGGAGUCUGGUUCUUCGUCGCUCUCCCCGUGUGCAUCAUUUCCAUCCUGCUAAUCUGGGUCCUACUUCUCGUCACCUUCCAGCCCGGCCGCGGCACCUCCAUCGUGCCCAUCCGGCCGCUCAAAGACAAGUUCUCGGGCACACAGUGGUUUAUCAGCAUCGUGACGGUGACGACAAUCGCCCUGUGGUGCGUGAGCCAUCAACUCGAAGCUACGUUUGGUGACAUGGGCGUUGUGGCUAUCAUCCCCAUCAUCGCCUUCUUCGGCACAGGCAUCCUGACAAAAGAAGAUUUCAACAACUUCCUCUGGACAAUCAUCAUCCUCGCCGCGGGGGGGCUCUCGCUCGGUAAAUCAGUAAACUCGUCUGGUUUGUUACACACGCUUGCCGAGAGCAUCACCGCAGGCGUCCAAGGUAUGAGUUUGUACGGCGUGUUGGUUGUGUUUUGUGGGUUGAUUCUCGUCGUCGCCACGUUUAUUAGUCAUACCGUUGCUGCGCUUAUUGUGCUGCCGCUAGUGAGGCAGGUGGGGUUGCAGAUGGGGGAGCCGCAUCCGAAUUUGCUGGUUAUGGGGAGUGUGCUUAUGGCUAGUGGGGCCAUGGGGUUGCCUACUAGUGGGUUUCCUAAUAUGACGGCGAUAAUGAUGGAAGACUCACGAACGGGUCAACGCUACCUUCAGGUUAAACACUUUUUGACGCGAGGUAUUCCGGCUAGUUUGAUUACUUUUGUCGUUAUUAUUACCGUGGGGUAUGGGUUGAUGCUUGCGGUGGGGUUUUAG